AAUAAUUAUAAUUUUUUGAAGAGAUAAGCUUAUUUGUAAUAAAUAAACUUAUUCAUAGAAUUUAUGGAUUUAAUAUGUCAGAAUUGUCAAAUUAAACUAUGUUUACAAUAUCACAACAUAUCUUUUCAUUUUUGGUUAUUAAUAAAACCGGAGAUGAAAGAACAUUCGACCGAACCGAACCGAAAUCGAAAAUUCCAUUCACAGCCCAAUAUUAUGUAAUCACUUUAAUAGGUAAUUCUAUAAAGAUUUUUAUUUAUUUUUUAAUUUAUUCUCCUUUUCUUCUAGAUCACAAAGUAUUAUUAUUAUUAAUAUUAAUAUAUAUAUAUAUAUAUAUAAUUAAAAAUAAAAUAUGAACUGCGCCACAUGGUAUCAUAAUAAUAAUAAUAAUAAAACUUUCUAUAUAUAUACAAUUAUAUAC